GGCUGCGUUGCAGCUACAUAAAAAUAAAAAUUGCGUAUUUUAAUUCGCAAUUGUUAUGUUUUACUAAAAAUAUUAUCAAGAACAAGUAGACUAGUCUUUGCGUUUGCUGUUUCUCUAGUAAAUAUAUGCAGAUCACAAGAUGGCAUCACUCACCCUAACAGUUUUCGUUCUGGCAACAUUAUUACCAUAUUUGAACACAGAAUACAUUCCACCCGGGCCAGCGUACCCGUGUCCGAAAAAGACAGACAACCAGCUGCUCUUCCCGUGCGUGUGCGAGAAAGGGACAGAUGCGGGGUUGUACGUGAGAUGCGAGAACACGGGGUUAGCAGUCAUGAGCGUGGGGAUUGGGAAUAUAGCUGGCAUGGGGCUGCCUAUCGAGAGACUGCUCCUUAAAGAAUGUAAAAUAUCACAUCUAUUCGGCCCACUCCUGCACAGAUCUACAGUAAGGACUCUACAUAUCAUAGACACGCCCAUAAAGUCCAUAGACGAGUACGCGUUUGCCGGCGUGAACAGGACGUUGCAGGAAAUAUACUUGUACAACACUAGAAUCAAUGAAUUCCCUAAAGAGGCAUUUAAGAUUUUGGGCAACUUGACAAUCCUGUCAAUUGAUGGUCAUCGUAUGACGUCACUCAGUAAGGAUAUUUUUGGCGGCAGUUUGGCUACCGGCCGGUUAGAGAAGUUACACUUAGUUAAUGGCUUGCUAACGGACAUACCCCCAGAGGCUUUUCAAAAUCUCAAGAAGUUAAAAACGUUAGACCUCCACGGCAACAGAUUGGCUACACUAAAGCGUAAUCAGUUUAAAGGAUUAAGGGACACAGAAGUUUUGGAUUUAAGUUACAACAACAUAACAAAGCUUGAUGGAAGCCACAUUGGUGAUCUAACUAAACUUGGUUGGUGUAACGCAAGUCACAAUCUACUACCAGACAUACCUAGAGGCAUGUUCGCAAGAAACACAGUAAUAAAAGUAGUACAUUUGGAUAAUAAUAAAAUAAAGAAGUUAGAUACAAAUAGUUUUAGAGGAAUGAGGUUUUUGCGGCGUCUCUACCUCCAAGACAACGAAAUAUCGGAUGUGGGUAGGGGCACGUUCACUGCAGUGACCCGCAUAGGCACAGUGGACCUAGCCCGGAAUAAGAUCACCAAAGUCGACUACCAGAUGUUCCAAGCUGUCAAAUACGCUGAGAUAAUAAACCUAGCCGAAAAUAAAAUAACAUCCAUAGACAAGCAAGCGUUCACCGAUCUGUAUUUAGCAUCAGUCAACAUUUCCCACAAUGAAAUAUCGAGCAUCGAAUCUGGAGCCUUCCAAAAUUGCAACAACAUGACACUUCUGGACCUGAGUCAUAAUAAAUUAAAGGAAAUCAACAAAAAUGCUUUUGAUGAAAAUACUUACGCCGGUGAAUUUCAAGUUUCUUAUAAUGAGUUCACUGAUUUGGGCCAGAUACCAAUUCAAAAUAUGACAGGCAUAAGAGUACUAAACGCGUCGCACAACAGCAUUACGACCAUCCCAAAGACAGCUUUUCCAAAACUGUACGAACUUCAUACCGUAGACGUGUCACAUAACAAUGUCUCAGAUAUUUUCAAUGCUGUAUUUCAAAAUCUAUUUUCUUUAAGAUUCUUAAACCUAAGCCACAAUUCCCUCGAACGCAUCAAACCGUCGACCUUCGGCACGAUACAUACGAUACUGGAGCUGGACCUGUCGCACAACCAGUUGGUCGAUGUGUCACGCGGCAGUCUCGCCAAGCUGGCCAGCUGUAGGCUGUUGGACAUCAGCUACAACUACCUGGAUAGGAUAUUCCAGAUACCUAUCAGUUUGGGGGAACUGAAUAUCGCACACAACAAUUUAAGCGAAAUCAAAGCAGGCACCUGGCCUGUCAUGAACGCUUUACUUCGUCUCAACUUAUCGACCAACGUAUUGGAAGACCGGUUGACCAGCGAUGCAUUCGCUGGCUUAUUGACCCUGCAGUCGUUGGACUUGUCGAGCAACGGGUUGACCAAACCGCCGUGGGAGGCUUUGAAUACUAUGACUAGUUUACAAUAUUUAUAUUUACAGCACAACAAGCUAACGUCCCUCUCAAGGUCUGCAUUCGGCAAUCUGCCAACUACAUUCAAACUGGAUCUAUCGUACAACCAGUUGACAGAGCUGGGUCAGAAGACUUUCAACGGAAUGCAACAGUUACUGGAUUUGUCUCUGCGUGGAAACAAAUUGGAACACCUACAGAAUGAGGUGUUCAAAGGGCUCGUUGCUUUGAGGAAGUUGGAUCUGUCCUACAAUAGUUUGGAUAAAAUUGACAACAAAACUAAUGGCCUACUAGAUGACUGUCUGUCACUUGAGAUGGUAAACCUAAGCCACAACCGUUUCGGUUUUCUAUCAAGAAAGAUGUUCCCAGCCAACCCGUGGAUACCGUACAGGUUGAUGGAAGUCGAUCUGAGUUACAAUGAGAUACCCGUCGUCACAUUCGAUAUCACUUUUGGCACGAAGCAUUUGAAGAAAUUGAAUUUAUCGAACAAUUAUAUUAACGAUAUAAGAAACAAUGUAUUGGGCAAUUUGACUUCCUUAGAAGUUUUGGAUGUAUCAAACAACCAGUUGAAAGAUUUAGUAUCCAGGACAUCGGAUACAAAGUUCAACCUUCCAGAAAAUAUAACUGAAAUAUAUCUACAAAAUAAUACAUUGGAAAAGUUGCCUACAGAGAAUCUAGGCAAAUCUAACCAUUUGAAAGUUCUGGAUCUAAGGAACAAUUUACUGACUAGUUUUUACCCGGAGUUAGUUAAGAAGAUUCGUGACAAUAACCUUAUGGUGUAUUUUGAGAAUAACAAAUUAAAGUGCGACUGUUUUACCCGUCCGCUAAAGCACUAUUUACAAAAACUACCCGACUCGUUUUUGAAAAACGAUGACAAAUACAAAAGCCUCGCCUGUUUCGAGCCCCCGUCCUUGGAGGAUGCAAACUUUUUGGAAUUGGACGAGGAGAGAUUAUUGUGUGCUAGCAAUAUUGAGUUGGAUGACAAAAUAAGAGAGUAUGGCAACACCGAAUUCGAUUUCACUUCGGAACCAGAUGUUUUGUUCAGGGAUAUACAAUAUUCGCAAACUUCAAUAUAUGCAUUCUGGUACGUGCCCAGUACAAAGGAUGUCGCCGACUUUUAUAUAUACGUUAGAGAUAGUUCUAACAAAUUAUUCUUCAGUCAAGACGUAGCGUACAACUUGCGCUCCUUAUCGAUAAAUGUAGACAAAGAUUUUGCAACUAACCUCCAAAAGGGCGGUAAAAUAGAAAUAUGCAUACAAGCGAAGAGUUCCAGCAAUUUCGCGCGCAAAUUCUUUGACAGCCAAUGUCAAAUAGUCCCGUCAAACUACGACUCGUGGUCGGAUAAGCUGACAGCUGCCAAAAGGAAGUUAUCAAGAAAGAGGGUUAAGUACAUUCACCAUUCGAGAAGCAGUGUUUUGGGUUUGGUGAGCGAUUCGAUUUUAAUAACGCUCUGCAUAUUUUUGGGGGUGUGUUUUAGGAGAUUGGCCGAUCUGGAUGUUUGAUUGGAAUCCAUAGUGGAUUUUGGACCAAGGCCUACUUUUUUCCAUCCUUUGAAGACCAUUUUUGGGUCCGACUGUCCCCUUUAUAUUAUCCCAUAAAGGGCGAAUCUCUAAAGCGAGGUUAAGAGAUUUUUGUACAUGAUAAAUUUGGAAGCGGUCUUACAAGUUUUUCUAUUAUAUUAAAGACCUUUUUUUGGGGUCUUAACUAGCCCCAUAUUAUCCAGAGUCUUAUUUAAUCUUACCCAUAAAGGACGAAUCUCUAAAACUUGGGUCUGACAAAUUAAAGUACCUGACUUUGAUUCCUAAUUGCGUUGUUAUUUAUCUAUUAAUAUGUUAUGUAUAUUUGAUUUAAAAAAUUGGGUCAACUAUAUUUUACAAGGAGCAAUUAUUUGAAGUUUGUAACACAAAUCGCGAAUGAGUAAAAUGUGGGUGAUGAAGUGAGAUAACCAAGCAUAGAAAGGUUUUUCAGAAAAAUUUAAAAGAAAUGCUCUAGUCAUUACAAUUUAUCAAAAUCGGUUUCUUCAAACAAUAAAACAUUAUUUGAAAAGAGGAUAUUGCUUUUCGAUUAGCUUAUCUAUUUUAGUUGUUAAAAUAUAUAUUUUAAAAAUAAAGUGUUUAAAAUGUUAACAAUACUCUGAAAAUAUUUACCUACCAUUGUACUUACUGCCAUUACCAUAUAUUCUUCGAUGUCACAAAUAUUUUUAUUAUUAUUAGUAUAGGGUGUCCAUUAUUUACGUGAGGUGCUAAGAGGGUUGGGGGUAAAAUAAUCAAUCACAAUUGAUGAAUUUCUUAACAAUAAAGCUGCUUGGAAUCGCUUCGCUUUCAUCUCCCUCAAAAUAGAAAAAUUCUAUUGAUUGUUAAACUAUAUGACUGUAUGAUUUUGGAAAAGAGUAAUUUGCUGAAUGGAGUUAAAGCCAUUACAAACAGACUGACUUGACGUUUUAAAAGUGCUUAUAAAGAACUAUGUACUU